AACGUUUAUGCCAUUGUUGUGAAUGCAUGUCUGACUCAACAUGUCAAUACACACUGAAGACUUUGAUCUGAAACUACAGGAGAAAAAGUUGUUGAAAUCUGCUACCUUUGCCAAUGUACUUGGGAGAGACUGAAAGUCGAGUUGGUUUUGGUUGUAUACAAUCAGACACGGAGGGUUCUACCUAUGGGCACAGGGCUGUUUGUGAUGGCCGUGUCUCAGUGGAUGUUCUGUGCUGCAGUGCUGCUCCUCCUCGUCCAGGGGCUCCAGUGUUCUCCGACUCCCCCUGCCUGUCCUGAGUCCUGCCUUUGUCAGAGAGGUCCUCUGUUAAACUGUUCCUCUGCUGGCCUUUCCAAGGCCCCACAACACAUCCCUUCCACCGUAAAUGAUAUAGACCUAUCUCACAACCUCCUGAACUCCCUUGAACCCUUGUGGCCAAGUUGGGGGCUUAAUAAUCUAUGGCUUGGACACAACAGCAUCACUCACCUGUCUCUGUGUGUGGGGAGGAACUGGAGGGGUAAACAUGGGAGAAUACCCAUCUCACACAACAGAGGAAAAUGUUUAUCUUGGGCCCCAGCCCUGCAGCUGCUGUCUGCUGAGAGGAACCAGCUAGAGAUGAUCCCUGAGGGCCUGGGAGGCAGUGAGUUCCUGCAGGUGCUUCAGCUCUCCCACAACAGGAUCUCUGGCCUGCAACCUGGAGAUCUUUGCAGGUGCCCCCAUCUGAGAGAGCUUUGCCUGCAGCACAACCACAUAUCCAACCUCCACCCACAUGCCCUCAAGGACCUCCCAGAGCUCAGGGUCCUGGAUCUGAGCUUCAACCGGUUGACCACAAUCUCUCCAUCCGCCUACCUGUCGCUACGUAACCUGAAUGCCCUGGUGGAGGUGAGUGGUAACAGGUGGAGGUGUGACUGCAGCCUGCGGAGCGUGAGGAGGUGGAUGGCCUACGAUAGGCAAAGGGCCCAACAGCAGAUCUGGAGGGGGGUUGUGUGUUCCUCCCCCUCCACCCACACAGGUAGAGACCUGCUACACUUGGAGGACAGUGACUUCACCUGCUCUACAGCGGAGAACAGGGAGGGGCUCCACCAGGAUGUGACAGUGACUGAGGGGACGGAGAUCCUGCUGCCCUGCGGCACCCUGCGGCAAGAUUCAACAUGGUGGACGACUAAUGGACAAGUUUCUGGAAGUCAGAUGGGCCUGCUGAUCAGUGAAAUCACAGAGGAAGACGCAGGGCUGUACGUGUGCAUGUCUGGGCCAGAAGAGCAGUAUAUAUCUGUAUUUAACAUCCAUGUUCAUAAGACACAGAGGAAAAGCAGAGGCACCAGGAGUUUACACGGGGAGAGGAAGCUGAUACACACAGAGGUAGGCAGCCUACAGAGGGAGGGUCAGGGGACAGACCUGAACUCUCUAGAUCUCCACAGGGCUUCUCAGAGAACACAGUCUGACCUGGUCCUGGCUGUCUGCCUGUCUGUAUUCAUCACCUUCCUGUUAGCAUUUAUACUUGGUGCUCUUGCCAGACCUCUCCUGGACCCUCUCUGGAGGAGGUGCUGUAACCGUACCAAGCAAAGCUCCUCCCCAGCCCAGUCGGUCUCCUCUGCUGGGCAGGGCCCCUACGACAAUGGCGCCUAUUCAGAUGAGGCGCAGGAGGAACUAGGAACACACAGGGAGAGUAGUGUGACAUUCAGAGGACAUCCUUCAGAAAUAAGGGAUCAGAGUAGCAUUCCAUACUAUGAUACGGUGGCCAAUGGCAGACAGGACAACCUCGCUGGGGAAUAUGAUGCAACAUAUGAGAAUGUUUAUGCAAAGGAUAUCUCACACCCCUCCCUUGAGGUCCAUCACCCACCUGACGAGAAGCCCAGGGCACAGGACUCUGUCAGCUCAGGCAGCUCCCAACAGGACAGCCCAGAGACAGACACCCAUAGUGGAGAACUCUCUGAUGUCUCUCUGAGUGAACCACAAGUGGGUGCUCACCCAGUCCAUACCCACCAUGGCAUGGAGUUUGAACCCAUCCCUGACCCAGAACAGUUGCAGGGAUAUCGAAGCUCGUCCGUGUCUUCAGACUCUGACCAGGAGAGGCUGGAUAGGGAUCAGGAUAUGCACUGGCCCAAAAACUAUUUGGCUCAAAGAUUGGAAGAGAAGUGCAAGACCCAGAACAAUCCCUGGGAGCAUCAAUCCCUCCAGAAGGAAGAUGACUCCUUUGAGCAGAGUUCAGAUUUCCCUAUGGUUAAACAAGUUGAUGUGCCACAGAUCAAGAUCGGCAGCGUGGGUGAGAUCCCUGGAUUUACAGCUGAGCCCUUUACAGAUUGGAAACCAAUCAAGGCAGAUCCAAACCCCAUGGAGCCUGAGCUGUGGAAUGACAGUGGAGAGAGCUUUGAGUUCCCUGAUUCUAUCCGAGGUGCAUCGGUACAGUCCAGCAGUCAAUAUCUCUCGGGUUCUGCUUUUGACGAUCAGUUGAGAAAGAAGUAUGAACAAGCUCGGAAUGAAGAACCGCUGGUGCAAGACCAGAGGGAGAAUAAUAAGCUGCUGGAGCUGAACCUAAAUUACAGUGGGAAUGAACCUACAGUGUACACUGUGAACCCAGAGACUGAGAUAGUGAAGGAGAAGAUGAUUGUCCAGAAUGUGGGUGAACUGAUACAGGAAGUUCAGAGUGCUCUGAAAACACAGGAGUGCUAUGAUAUGUCCAGUGAUCGUGGGGAUGAACCCACAAAGUACACAGUGAACGAGGAGGAUUCAGCUCAAGUUCCAGAUGUCAUGUACAGGGAUCCAUCUCUCACUCUUGGCACCAAAGAGACAGUGUCUCCAAGGAAAACUCUCAAUAUUGGCUUUAAGAAAUACACAAAGCCCCUUCCACAACUGUCUUUGCCAAAAACAUCCCUCCCUUUCUCCACCUCUUCAGACUCUCAAACUCAACUCUUCUAUGUCCCACCACUUGGGAGACGUCUGGAUAGCCAUCCCCCUCAGGAAGCUCCACCUGCUGCCCCAAGAACAUCCCCAUCCUCUGGCUCAUCCUCUUGUAGAACCGGGAGCGAGGAUCAGACUACAAUGAACCGAAAAAGAAAAGAGAAAGCUAAGAUCCCUGACGUCACAUAUAGGGAUUACUCUCUCAGAUCUGGAGACACAUCAACUAAAGUAUCUUUCUCUCCAAGAAAAUAUCUAAAUAUUGGCUUCUCCAGCGAGAGUUCUCAAUAUCAACAUGAGUCUGUGACAAGGUACGAGAGUGUCACCAGAACAAAGUGUGUAGACUUAGAUGAAGACAGCAAGCUUCGUCCCCAAAUAUCUUUGCCCAAAACAUCACUCCUUUCCACCACCUCCUCAGACAGGGUCAGAGCUGAGGAGCCAUCAGUUAAAAUCUACAUCCCUGGACUUCAGAAUAUUCAGCCCCCUCAGGAAGCUCCACCUGCCAAAUCAUCCUCUUCCAGCUGUGAGAGUGGAGAUGAGACUCCAAAACACACAAUGAAACCAGCUAAAGCCAUCACAGAUUAUUUUUCCCCAAGGAGAACACUCAAUAUCAGCUUUAACAACUCAGCCAGUACCACAGAUGAGGUGGAGAGGAAGACCGAAGCAGAGGACAGGUGGGAUCAGCCAAGGCUUGGUAAAGUGAAGGCGCUGUCAGAGAGAACACGAAGGGACACAGAGGAAAGUUCUACAGACAUGACUGUUUCUUUCUCCCAAAUAAGAGCGCUCAAUAUCAACUUUGAUGCCUUAGACAGCAGCACAGACGAGGUAGGGAGGAGUACCGGAGCAGACUACAGUAACCCUACUGAAGAAAUCAGUCCCUCUCCCCAACUGUCAUUGUACGAAACAUCACACUUUUUCUCCACCCCCACAGAUGAGGCGAGGCCUAUAGGAGAGUAUUCACUCCAAAUUCCCCAACACAGGAAGCACUUAGUUGUAGACAUCCAGCCCCCCCUGGCUUUACCGGAUGCCCCAGCAACACCUCCACCAUCCCCAGAGGGAGAGGAGGCAGCAGGGUCUGGAUGGAGGAGUAGGGAACAACAGAUGAGAGCCAUGGAUGGAUUUGGCUGUAACUCCAUGACACAGGGAGACAGGAGCUAUAUGGGGUUAGUGGUUGCUAAACCAUUCGGCAUAUCUCGUCCAUAUCAGAGCGUUACCUCAGAAACCAUUAUGACCACCCGGUGUAGUGAGGUCUCUACCUCUGGUGUCCUCAAUAUGACCUACUCCAACUCCACCCUCCAUUUUGAAACACACAAAGAGGGCAGUGAAGUUUGAGAGCUACAACUGUAAUUGUUUGUACUGAUUAAAGAAAUCACCUGAGAAGUUAAUGCAGCAGAUGAAAGUUGUUAAAACGUAAGUUGUUUAUUUUACAGAAUCAUACUGUUAUUACAUUGUUGUAAAUGAGUGUAACACCAGACAUGUUUGUCUUAAUGAAAAUAGCUGUUUAAGUGACUGAAUUAUUUCAGACUGAGGCAAAUAAAAGGUGGGACCAUUAAAACCCAAUUUCCCAGAUUCAUAUCCACCUACUUUACUCACUCAGUACCCUACUCCCCUCUAUUUUGCUACAAAAUUCUCUUCAUGACACUAUCAUAAAUAAACCUGUAAUGAAAGUCA